AGAAAAAGCAAAUCCUCCGCCGCGCCGGGGGCUGGCGGGGCGGCGGGCGAGCCGGGAAACGUGGCCGCGCCGGCGAGCUGGGGAUUUGUGAAAAGGAGCGCUGGCCCGCGUGCGCCUCUUGUUCCCCGUGUAAUUUGCAGCCAAUCAUCGGGAGGUGUCCGCGCCCUGCGUCCUGCUCACCUCGGCGCCUCGGCCCGCCCCCGCCCCCGGCUCCGCACCGCCUCCCUCGCCUUUCUCCGCGCUCCCCUCCCCCAGCCACCGCACACACGCACACACACAAACAGAGCGAGGGGGGGGGGAGGGUGAGAAAGAGAGAGAGAGCUAGAGAGAGAGAGAGAGAGAGACUCCCCGGCUCCCUCCCUCCCUCCCUCGCACACAGCGACUGGAGACGGACCGGGAGCAACGCGCUGGGAAGAGCAGAGACCACCGACAACAGCCCCGCGCUCUCCCACACACGCUCACACUCGGCGCUUUCCUCUCCACCCCCACCUCCUCCUCCUUCCACCCCCUCCACUAACACCAUCUCCUCCUCCUCUCUGCAACAAGAAAAAAAAGCCAUUUACAGGGGGUGAUGUGCAACUAAUUAAAGGCAGACUGGCAACGUCUGCAAAUUCUAAGGCUCCCCAAAUAAAAAGAGACUGUUGUAACAGUUGGAGGAUAAUGCAAAGGAAGACGCUGCCUGGAAAUUCACCGUCUGUGGACAUGCGCCCCAGAGAGGACUAGAGCAGCCCUCACCUUGCUCUCCCAACCCGGAUCCCACUUUCCUGCACGGCCCGGCCCGUACCCCGACCCCACCAUCACCCGCUUCCCUCCCCCCCACCUCUCCCCCUUUCCCACCCAGGUGUCGGACCAGGCGGUCCCCACUUCCACCCUGCACCCCUUCUUUCCCCCCUGCACCAUGAACACCAAUGUCUGCGUGGAGCCCGGGCCGAGCCCGGAGGCCCCGGGCUUGCCCAAGGAAAGCCACCUGCCCGAGGGGGCCCUGAACAGCCUUGUGGAUUACAACUCGGAGAUGGAGCGUUACCGCUCCUUUGCCACCUCCUUCUACAAGACCAACGGGGGCGCCUUCCCGCAGGCAGCCAAGAUCGCGCGCAUCACCACCCCCAUCUUCCCUAGCAGCGCCGCCGCCGCCGCGGCCGCCGCGCGCAUCGGCAUGUCCCCGUGGAACUGCGACAACGCGGCCACCGCCGCCGCCACCGCGAUGCUCUGGGGCAGCGGGGGCGGCGGCGGAGGCGGUGGGGGCGGGGGUGGGGGCGGCGGGGCCGGCAGGAAAUCCUCCUCGGCCGCCGCCUCCUCCUCCGCCUCCUCCUCGGCGAUCCUCCCCGCCGCCGGCGGUGGCGGUGGCGGCGGCGGCGGUGGCAGCGGUGGAGCUGGCGGCGGCGGCGGCGGCAGGACCAGCAUGCACCACCGGAACGACUCCCAGCGGCUGGGGAAGGCUGGCUGUCCGCCAGAGCCGUCGUUGCAAAUGGCAAAUACUAAUUUCCUCUCCACCUUAUCCCCCGAACACUGCAGACCUUUGGCGGGGGAAUGCAUGAACAAGCUCAAAUGCGGCGCUGCUGAAGCAGAGAUAAUGAAUCUCCCCGAGCGGGUGGGGACUUUUUCUGCUAUCCCGGCUUUAGGGGGCAUCUCAUUACCUCCAGGGGUCAUCGUCAUGACAGCCCUUCACUCCCCCGCCGCAGCCUCAGCAGCCGUCACAGACAGUGCGUUUCAAAUUGCCAAUCUGGCAGACUGCCCGCAGAAUCAUUCCUCCUCCUCCUCGUCCUCCUCGGGGGGAGCUGGCGGAGCCAACCCGGCCAAGAAGAAGAGGAAAAGGUGUGGGGUCUGCGUGCCCUGCAAGAGGCUCAUCAACUGUGGCGUCUGCAGCAGUUGCAGGAACCGCAAAACGGGACACCAGAUCUGCAAAUUUAGAAAAUGUGAAGAGCUAAAGAAAAAACCUGGCACUUCGCUAGAGGUCAGAGGAGAUGAUUUCUUGUUUCCCAGUCUUGCCGCCCCCUCCCUCCUCACUCCCCUGCCCUCUCCCCCACAGGGUUUCUUGUCUGGAUUCAAGACGCAGCAUCCCCUUUUCUGAAGCUUCUUGCAGGUUGAAACAUACUGACAUAGGUGGUUUGCAGAGGACACGGCCUCUAUACCACCCUCUGAGCCUCACUUCACUCGGAACCGCCCUUCAGCUAGAGUGCCCCUCCUUUUUCUAUCUCUGGAAAAAAAUGCAUUUGGUCUAAGAAUCUGAAGUUUUGCAUCUGAGUAUGCUUAAUAUUUUCCCUUGCUGUUAUAAACUGUUUCAUCAGGAAAACCCCAAAACAAAAAGCUCUACCCAAAAUAUUGAACAUAUUUAUCAUUCAUAUAUACAUAUAUAUGGACUUACUAAAGGCCCAGACAUAACACUACACAUGUGGAACACAACUUACAGUAUAUGCAUACAUAUGUGUAUAUACCAUCUUUUUGUGUGUGUGUGUGUGUAUGUGUGUGUGUGUGUAUGUGGGUAUGCAUGUGUGUUGAAAUGCCUGAAUUCAAAGGGGUUUUUUUUUAUCCUCUUCGAGAAUAAUCUUCUCUUGAGCCUAACAGAAUGUUUUUGUUUCCUGUUUUAGUUUUUGCCUUCCUGAUAAUUUUUGAGCCAGCAGAGUAUAGAGAGCUGAUAGUUACCAGCCAUUUUUGAGAUGUGACUUUGAAUAAAAUGAUAUUUACUUGUGUAGCUAAUGGGGAACUCAUUUUUAAAAUAAUUUAUGUAGUUCCAGGAAAACUGUUGUUUUUUGUUGUUGUUUUAGAUUUUAUAUUUCCCUUAGGUUCAGUAUCUGACAAAGUAACCAUUUUGUGGUUGUAAAAUUACUCUAAGCAUAGGAAGGUUGUGGUUGGUGCCAUGUUUGGUAAAGAUAGUUUGCUUUUCCUAGAGGUCUUUAAAACAGACAUCAUUCAUUAAAAUAAUGGUAACAUUAGGCUUUUAAUUGCAUUUCAAAUUAAGAUUGAUGUAUGUGAUGGACAUUUUAUAUGGUAGCCUAAUGGAAACACAGGAGGAAAAAUGCAAAAUUACAGGUAUAUUGUUUUGGUGGCUUUCAGAAAGGAAAUAUGGACAGGCAAUCACAGCCUAUGAUGUAAUCUAGAGAGGAAAGAAGCUGGUUAGCUGCUUGUGCAAAUGUGAGACAGGGCAUUGGAUUUAGGGUUAGGGAAGGUUCUGGGGACUAGACUGUAUGUUGAGAGUGGCUGUCACAAUCUGUCCUGAGGAAUACUUACUUGCACAUUCUUUUAAAAAUCAGGAACAUGGCCUAGGGAUGCUUUCUUUGAAUCACUGAGAAUUGGAGACUUAACAGAAUAAACAUAAAAGUUAAAGAUCUUGCUACCUUGCUUGUGUUUUGACUACGAAGAAGAUGGAUCAUCUUGGUACAAAUCAAGGCCAAGGGACUGGGAUUUCCAAAGUUAGAAGCAUAGAGACUACAGUUCCAUCACCACAUUGCAUGUAUUCCUCCUGAUAAAGAAACCAGGUCUUCUUGGGAACUUUAAUUGUAUCGCAGAAUACUUCAUUGUUCUUCCUGUGGGCAACUCUGGCCAAGCAAAGAUAUCAGCAGCUACAGUGCAGGUGUAUGUAUUCUCUCAGAUGGAAAAUCAUCAUCAUCAUCAUCAUCAUCAUAAUAACAAUAAUAAUAAUAAUAAUAAUAAUAACAACUUUUGAACUCUCUGUUGGGGUGUAAUUCACUAUAACUUCUUCUGGUCUGGAAGACCAUGGGAAAUUAAAAUGUAGCUUUUGAUGUGGAGGUUUCCUAUGAAUGCCUAGCGAACAGGAUAGUAUGGCUUCUGUUUUCUCUUUGAAAAGUAGUCUGUAGAGUUAUAGUUUUGGCAUUGUAUAUAGUACACCACUGGCAUUGUUACACCUCAGCUUUAGCUAUAGUCACGGGUGCCACCUGUACCCCCUUGUAGGGGAUGCAGUGGAGAGGAGAACUGAGUGAUACCCAUCUAGUCAGUCAGUAACCACUCCAGAGGAGUUUGCUAUGAGUUCAAAUAGUCUUUCAGCCAUGUUUCUAGGCUGGUGUGUUCAUUUAAACUGGCUUCAUAUAUUUCUUCUCUGUCUCUCUUUUAAUGAUUUCCUUAAAACUUUUCAAAAUUUUUGUUUAUAGUUCCAAGCCUCAUACAAUCAUUUUUGUCUCUGAAAAUGAGCAUGCACAGAACGUUGUAGUCCUGCAGAAGGUGGGGAGUGAGUGAGAGGAUGCAUGUUCCCCACUGCUGGUGCUUUCCUGAGUUCUUUCUACCUACCAGGGCAUGGUUACAGUUCAGGGCCAUGAUAACUCAUGAAAUACUACUCGGCAGAACAAAAGAAAAAAAGUUUUCUAACUUGUCUGAGUGCCUAUCCAGGUCCUGAAUAAAACAAUUGCAGUGUGACGAUCUCAAACCCACAUGGACCCUAAGGCUACACUUGUAGCAAACUUACUUUAUGUAUAACUUCCAGGGUUGCAGAUCUUAAACAAUUGGCCCAAAGCUGAAAAGUUGCCCUGCUGAUCUCCUUUUCUGUCUCUAAUUUGGUCCAUCCUUAUCUCAAGAGAUGUUUUUGAGACUGGCUGGACUCUUGUCUGAAGUCCAGGAGUUGGAUUUCAGCCAUAAUCUGAGUAGCUAAUACUUCUGGCUUUAGCUUUUAGACACAUGAGUAGUUUACAUCGGCAUACUACUAUCAACUCAUUUUACUCAGCACUCCAAACCUAUGUGCCCACCUUCCCUUUAACCUGUUCUUAUCUCAGAGACCAGAGGCAUAGUCAGAUUGCUUUUAGGCUGUGUAAACCAAGAUUAAGAAAGAUGCACAGGGAUGUGCUGGGAAUUGUGCCCAUAUUCUCUUGAGCCCCCUUUCCUAGCCUACCUUUAAAUGUGGCCUUCGCCUGCUUAGUCUCAUUUUAAGAGCAACUCAUGUUUAUAAAAUCCACUCCAUGUUGACAUUCAGUAUGGCAAUACCCAGCGACACCCAUGGAACAGUGUGUGCUCUCUGUUCUGGGUGCUGUGUAUUUGCAUAUGUCAUUGCCCCUUCAUCAAUCACUACAUUAACAAAUAACCACUAAUUGUUAAAAGCAGUUGAUACAAAUUUGUUGUGCUCCUGUGGGACAGAACUUACUUUUAAGAACGUAUGUCCUUAAUUAACAUUUUGUUCUUAGAUGUAUUUAAAAUAUGACCAUGUAGGAGAUUAUUAUGAUAUUAAGUUAAUGCUUGUGUCUCUAGCAGAGGUAAUCCUUCAGAUUGUAUAUACACAACCAUUAUUUUUUUUCCCCGAUACAAAGAUUUAACUUUUUAAAAUAUCACGAUCUAAUGUAACUCAAGGGAAAAAGUCCCAUGGGCAAGCCCGGCCUCUUAGUCCCUGAACAUUGUUCAGGUGACAUGAUUGAUCUCUGUGGGACAGCAUUAGAGACCACACAGAUCUGGCUUCUCUCCCAUUAGUUGAUUUAUGGAAUUGCAUUAGUGAAGCUCUGCCUCUGGGAGGUUUCCCUGCCCCCACACCUGCUCUCUUCCCUGCCACAACUUUACAGAGAAGAGAUGGGAAUAUUGGAGAAAAAAAAAGAAACAGUAAAAAGAGUGCUUAUGUUUUUCUUUCUCUUUUCUCUCACUUAAAAAAUAGGAAGUGUGUCGAUGCACCAGCCUCCAAUAAUGUUUCCAGAAGCUAGCUUGAGAUUCUAAAGGAUUUGAUUUAAAAAAAAAAUUCUGAUAUCAAGUGAAGCCAGAUAACUUGAUUUGGAAAAGUGUUUUAGAAGUGGAGAGAGAUGCUACAUAUACUUUUUAAGUUCUAAGGGCCCCCAACCAAUGGCAGUUGUGAAAUUCUGGACAAAGCAUUGUGUCUAUAAUUUGUGCAGAAUGAUGGUUGCCUGCUAAGAAAAUUAAUUUGUAGCCCACAUCUAAAGUAGAUGUGUCACUAUCCAGUUCAUAGCUGUAGAAAAAUAGCAAAUAACUGAACACUUCGAAAGGUUUUUGAAGUUUAAUGGGUUGUUAAAAAAAGUAUAUAUGCAUAGAUGAGAUAUAAUAAAUCUUGCAUAUUUUAAGUUGAAA